AUGAUUUGUUAAUCUUAGGCAUUUCUACCUUUAAAUGAAAACUAAGAACUAGAAGAAUAAUUCUAUAGUUAUUUUCCAAAUGGAGCGAAUUGGAAAACUAGUUAAUUUUUUUAGGAUUAAACUUAUGAAUAAUUUGAUUCUAAAGUGACAACUUUUUUUUCAAUUAUAGGGAUUUAAAAAAACCUUGCAAAUUUGAAUAAAGAUUGUUAAAUUUCAUAAUCUAACCUGUUUUCUGUUCAAUUUAAUAAAAAUGAUUUUUCUCUCUCAAAUAUGAUGGAAUAUUUAUAAAGCAUUGCUUCUAAACUUCAAAUUUCAUUGUCUAUCAUUAUAAUGCCCAAAUAAAUAAAAUAAUAUGGUAAUAUUUUUCACUAAUAGGCUAAAAUAAUAAUACAACAAACAAAUAACAAAAAAAAGUUAUCAUUUAUUUUUGGACUCCAAAGUAAGAUGAAAUUAAAUUAAAAUCCAAAUUUCAACAUGUAACCUGGAAAUGAAUUAAAUUUAGAGAUAUAAGAUUUAUCAUAAAAUAACAAUAUAUAAUCUGGGCACUUUUUUCCUAAUAAGAAUUUAAAUCCUUUUUUAUCAAGUCAAAAUAUCAUUAAUCAAUUCAAAUAAUAGUUAUCUCCACCAAAUAUAAAUUAGAAUAAUAAUCUCAUUGAUUAAGGUUCUUAAUAGAAUUAAUAAUUUAAAAUGAAAUGCCCUUAAUAGAACUUAUUAAAAAAUAAUUAAUAAAUUAUAUUUAAUAACCAAUAAUAGCACUAAUAAAUAAAUCCUAAAUAAAUUAAAUUUAUAAAUCCAUAAUAGCAAUAAUAAAUAAAUCCUAAAUAAUAUAGAAUUGAUAAUAUAAAAUUAAAUGUUCAAUAAUAACCUUAAAAAAUAUCAAAAGAAAUUGAUGAAUCCUAAACAGUUCUAAAAACAAUUUUGAUUGAAUAAAUUGAAACUAAAUAAGAAAAAUCUAAUUAUAAUAUUUUUUCAAAAAAUGAACAUUAAAAAUCUGUAACAGCUAUAUGUGAUAUUUGUUCCAACGAAUAUGAGAGAAUAUCAUAAUAAUAAAUUUUUUUGCCAUGUUGCUAAAAACCUAUUCAUAAAAAAUGUUUUUAAGAAGAACUAUAAAACCUUAAAGAGCCUUUAAUUAAUAUAAAAUGUUAUUUUUGCCAUUAAAAUUUUCAAACAAAUUUUAUAAAAGAGAAUGUUGAUACCAAUAUUUUUAUAAUGAUGGUACAAAAUUAAUUAAAUCUUUUAUGCAUUUCUGAAUGCUUCAAUUGUAAAAGUAAAAUUUCAAUUUUACCCGAAGAGAAGUAAAAAAUUUGUAAAAUAGAAUGUGAAAAUUGCAAAACAAUGAUUUGUUCAUAGUGCAUGAAGAAUUUUCAUGGAUUCGAAAAAAUUGUAAUUUUUUAUUAUAUUAACAAAGUGUUAAAGUGUUAAAUAAGAAGUGCUUAAACAUUUGGAAGGAUACCAAAUUAUAUUUUGUCCAUUUUGUGACUUUAUUCAAACUAAAGAUGAAGGAUGUAAUCAUGUAACCUGUAAUAAAUGCAAAAUGGAUCUUUGUUCUGUAUGUUCAGUUGAUAGAAGACCUAUUUUAUCACAUGGAAAUCAUUUUCAUCGAAUAGGAUGCUCAGAUCACAGAUAUAAAGAAGGAUAAGAAACAAUGACUAAAGAAAGAAUUAGAGGUUGUUAACUUUGUAUAUAAAACCCAGAUAAAUAUUGUCAUAUUCCAAUUGAUCUUAAAACUUAUAAAUAGGAAAAAGGAUUUUGA